UCGUUCAAUCGCGCUUAUUCGAUCGCGCGAAUUCAAUCGCGCGAACGUUUGUUUCUUCAAACAAGUCGGUCUUAUCCGCAAGUAAUAAGCUGUUGUUGCGCGCACGGUGCGAGGUGUCGCCGGAUAUCAGCGGAAGCUGGGAUUUUAUGGAGCCGCACUAAUGGCAUCCCUGACAAAUACAUGAUGGCCGUUGCCACUGAAUAUUGUAACGCGUACAUGGUGGAAGUGUCGUGUAACUGAAAGUUUAUUAUUUUCGGUGGAAUUGUCCGUGGAUUAUUCCGUGGAUCCGGUUUCGGUGGCUCGCGCGCGCCCGUUCACGUUCACGUACGGUCUGUGAAUCGACGGCGGGACGCGAGGUCGCAAUCGCCGAUGAGAUAAAUCAGGCGGGAGCGCGAAAAUUCCCAGGAGGAAAACACACACGGGGUGGCAAAACCGCGUUCAGAGGAUACAGAUUACAGUCUGAAUCUGUACAAGAGGUAGAGAAGUGUUGUAGAGAGAGAGAGAGAGAGAGAGGGAGAGAGAGAGAGAUAGCGAGCGCGUGUGACGAGGAUAGAGAGAAGCACUUGUUAAAGAAAAUUUAAUAUUGUUUCGAGAAAAAUGUCUUGUGAGUAGACGCAUAAUGGUACAACGCUGCACUUUAAAUAUUCGAUAAAUAUUUGAGAAUGUCUGCGAGCUAUUUCCUGGAUUUGGGAUAGCAUGUAAUGCGAGUAACAUCUUACCUUAUAAAAGUGUGAUAUCUCUGACACUGUCCUUCGUAUAUGAAUAAUGCUGCCUUGAAUAUGGUGCGCAAACAUAACAUUGCUACAUUUAUAAAUGGAUACAAUUCUACAACAAAUGUACUUUAAUUAUAAGUCAGGAUAUAUGCGCAAUGAGAUUGAGGAAUUGUUCUUUAACGGAUAAAGUAGUUCAGGAAGGAACUACUUUCAAUGUACAGCAAUGUAAUGUUUAUGACAGUCAAGAAUGGUCGAUAAUAAAGCAAGAGAUUUAAAAUAGAGAUCAAAGUUAAUGAUACAUAUACAUGAUCUUUAAAAAGCAAAGAAUUAGUAUUACGUAUAUACUUUGAAGAAUUUAAGACAAAGUGCUCUGAGCUUCAUAUAAGUGAUAUGAAAUUAUAUGCAUGACUGGAACGGGCAACGUAGGUCGUAGACGUGUUGAGUGGCGCAGAAACGCAAAUACUGUUUACUGCAUCACCUGUUAAACAACUUUGGAAACAACAAAAUAAGCUGAAAGGUGGCUAGAGGCUGCCCAUAGUAAAGAGGGGCUGCGUGGGCAUGCAGCAGCCUCAGUCACGCCCUCUUCUUGGGGACUCAGUAUCCUCUACAACUUCCCCCGAUGCACGUCGUAAUAAUCCAGUUGCUGUUUUGACCCAACAACAAUUACAGCAGUUACAACAGCUGCAAGCCCAGAAUACAAGUGGUCAGUCACUAACAUUUGCUUUGCAACAGACAUCAAACAAUCCACAGGAGCAAGGGAAUGGGUCGACGACUGGAAAUCACAUAGUCUACGUAAACCAGUUGAAUCAGUUGAAUCAAAGUACCAUAAAUCCUUCGGGGACUGGUAUGGGCCUACCCCCGGCCACCCCCACUUUUGGGGUGGGCCUUAAUAUGGGAUUGCCACUAUCACUAUUCAAUACCAGUCUUACGUCUCUUACUUCCAAUGUUAUUACCACGUCAAAUCCUCUGCUCAAUCUGGGCUUGUCAAACAUAAACACAGGGCUGACCACAAUAAACCCUGGCCUGAAUCACUUGAAUGCUAUCAAUUCCAAUCUUACGUCCAAUAUUGGUUCAAAUAACAGUCUGACCAAUUUGGGCCAAGAUUUGAAUAGCAUAAAUACGGGGGUAAAUACUGGAAUAAACCGGAUCAAUACAAUAAAUUCUACAAACAUCAAUUCUGGGCUAUCUGGAGUAAACACCGGAUUGACUGGCGUAAAUCCAAAUUUAACAAGCCUAAAUUCGUCAAGCGUGAAUCAGAAUUUAACCACGCUGAACACUAAUUUGACUGCCGCGAACACUGGCGUAUCUGGUUUACCUGCUAUCAAUCCAAAUACAAAUUUGACUACAACCAGCAUAAAUUCUGGUGUAAAUCAAGCCGCUCUUAAUCGAGCGGCAACUGGUCUGACGUCGACCAGUUUGAAUUCGAGUAGUGCGCAAUUUCCAUUCCAAACGAUACAGAGCAUUCAGAGUAUCGCACCGCACAUUGUUGGAUCAUCAAACAUUGCACAUGUACCAAAUUCAGCUAUAUCGCAUCCUAUUCCGAACAUUUCAACGAUCUCACAAAUUUCUAAUUCUGGAACUCUUACGAGUUCUAGCAUAUUCACAAGCACUUCCAGCGAACCGAUCCACACAACCGCUGCAAAUGUGAAUCACGCUUCAAACGUGAAUCUCACCACGAAUAUACCGCACCUUGGUACAAUGCACUCUAAUUUGUCUAAUAUAUCGACGUCAACAAAUGCGCAACACAUACCUGGAUCCAAUGAACCGACUAUGCCACUGAGUCAUAUUUCUUCUUUAAUUAGUUCCUCUCAAGCAACUGGAUUUCAACAACAGCGACAGUAUUCGCAGGGGAUAAACCCUGGUUUAAGUACGUCGGUAACACUGACGGGCACAACACAACCGUCGAAUGUGGUCAGUACUAUGAAUACUGUUAAAUCUAUGCAAACUAUUCAGAACCAGAACAUUAGCUCGCCGGGCAGUCCGUUCUCGAUGCCCCUAAAAAGUCCAGCGUCUAAUAUAGCACCACCUACACCAAGCCCUAGCCCUAAUCGGCUUUUACGUAGAAGUCCAGCGUCAAAUUCAAUACAAUCAAAUCGAAACAGUCCAAGUCCGGUCGGCACGUCAACCUCCAGCAGUAAUUUUAAUAUACAAAUGCAAAGUCCUAUGCAGAGUCCGAUGAGUGUUAGCCAAAUUCAAAGCCCCGUACUUAGUCCGUAUCCGCCUGCGAAAAGUCCUCAUCUGUUAAGCGGAAAUAACUCUCUCAACAAUAGAAGCCCGGCAGGAGGUAGUCCUGGUCCACCUGUGGUUAGGCCUAAUACACCCCUACUUCAACAAGGGAUGCAAGUUGUACAAAUAAUUGGUACGCCGCAGGGUUAUCAGUCCACUCCAACUCAGCUGGUCACUAGAACCCAUCUGAUUGGAAAUCAGCAAAUCCAAAUUGCAGCUAAGCCGGCCAAACAACCACCGCAAAUUUUGCCAAAACCACCAACUCAGCAAGUUACUCCUCCUCAACAAAAGCCACAACGUGCUACCGCUACCACGAUUACAAACCAGGUGUCACAACAAACUCAGCCGCAACUAGUUCUCACCGGGCCACAACCGAGUCCCACCACAGCAACAAUGAUACCAACGGCGCAGGGUUUGCUAUUGAAUCAGGUGUUGCCGUCAACUGGACCUGUUAUUGUACAACAACAACCGGGAGGCGUUCAGCUUAUAUUAAGGACGCCGGCAAAUGCCCAGCAACAAACACAUACCGCACAGUUGACGCAACAGCAGUUAGUGAGAGUUGUAACGGCGCAAGGCAUGCAAUUGCAAGGAAUUACGCCUACGUUCUUUGCUGUACCUAAUGGAUUCGCUUCAACUGCUUCUCCAGUGAUAAGGCAUACUCCAUCUAGUCCUGCACCAGCUAAUUCAGGAACCGGAAAUUCCAUCGUAAUUCAGAAUGCUAUGGUACAAAGUCCUCAGUCGCAAAUUACCCAAGUCACAUCUGGCAACUCGACUGGUAGUAGCUCGUGCACGCAAACUGUUCCGGAUCAGAAUCUGUUGCCUCCUCCCAAAAAGAAAGCGAAAAAGAAGAAGAAAUCCAAACGGAAAGAUGAUGAACCGCCGAAAUUAGAUCUUGCCAGUAUUAUGAAAAUAUCGGGUAUAGGAGAUGACGAUGAUAUUUUUGAUACCGAAUUGCCAACUGAUAACGAGGUUCCUUGUCAAGUACAACAAAGCAGCGAGGCCAAUCCCGGACAAACGUUGAGCCAACUUCCGUCGCAAGGAACAACCCCCGUCACUUCCGCUCAGAGUCUAAUUCAACAAGUACCUGCAACAAAUACAACGAACACUCAAGCAUCUGCGUCACAAACGUUCAACAGUCAACUUGUUGCCCAACUUCAAAUGCCUGUGCAGAAUAUGAUAUCGGGACACUUACGAUUAGCAGUUGGAGAGGAUGGUAAAGUUGUUUUACAUCACACUCCGGAACCUAAUCAACCCGAAAUCGAUAAAGCAACUGCGGAAGCUUUGAUACGAUCUCUGACUCAAGGCGGACAAAAUUCGCAGAUUAUCUCGCAACUAUUCGGUCAAGUGCAAACAACAUCGCAAAAUACACAACAAAACCCACCACAAAGUACAACCGCUCAAGAUACAGCAGCCCAACAGCAGCGACAAACCACAGUUCAAAGGCAAAGAUACGUCAAAUCAACCAAUAGAAAUCAGGUCUCCACCAACACUGUAAGUUCCACAUGCUCUCAAAAUGUUAUCUGCACCACUAGUCCGCAUCAAGGACAGAUAUGUACGAAGCCGAUUAAUCAGCAGAAGAGCACGAAUAUUGUUCCUCAAGAGACCAACGCGUUGCCGAGUAUCUGUGUUCAAACCAGCACCGGAUCCUUGCAGUCUCUGGAGAUACAAACGUCGAAGAACAUCCAUGUACAAAAUCUGAUGCAGACCAAAGGCAUUCAAUCAUCAGAUCCUACUCUUUUACAAAUGAGCGGUAACGCGUCUAUGAACGUGGUGUCCACAAAGUCCUCGCCUAAUACAUUUGGUAUCCAGGGUCCUCGAAUGCCUAAUGUGAGCCAAGCAAGUUCCAAUUCCAACAUUUCUCUACAGAAGUCUAGUCAAGUACGACUUGCGAACGCUUGUAUAGCUACGAACAUACGGCAGAGUGUGGGAAAGCAACCGCAGCGACAACCGCAACAACAACAUGGCGUUCACGUGCAGAAAUCACUGUCUGGCGCAAUAGAACAAAGCGGGCAUACAGCUAAAAUCAAUCAAAGCCUUCAGCAAACAAAUCAUCAAGAGACAUUAACGUUGCAAGAGUCACCAUUGUUUCAACACAAUCAGCAGAUUACCGCACAAACUGUGCAAACUCAAAAUGUACAGCAAAUAUUUGAACAAAAUUUACAAAGCUCUAAUAUUCACAAUACCAUGAACAUAUUGCAACAACAAAGUUCUUGUAACACAAUGCAACAACAUGACACUAUGAAUGUUUUGCAACAUUCGAGUAUUCAGCAGAAUACAAUUAAUGUGUUGCAACAGAAUACGGCGGGCAAUGUUCAGAAUAUAGAGCAAAAUUUGCAUUCGGCCAUUAAAGAUACACAUACGCAGCAAAACGUUAUGACCAGUUUGCAACAGCAAAAUACGUCUGCUGUUUUACAUAACGCGAGUGUUCAACAAAACGUGAACGUGCAACAGAACGUGAACGUUCAGCAACAGAAAAUAUUGACAGCGAACACCUUCUCCUCGGUUAAUGCACAUCACGUAGAGUCUCAGAAUUCGUCUAAUGUUGUGCAUCAAUUGAUUAACACGCAACAAAACAAUCAGAAUCAGAAUAUCGUAAUUACGGCCACUCCCGCAACUACUCCCGCUGCUAGCCAACAAAACGAAUCUCAAAAGGUAGAAUCCCAAGGUGCAAAUAUAUUAAAUUCGGCUGCAAACAACAUAGUAAAUAACGCGCCAAAAAUCACACCUGAAAUUUUAAACGCGUUGAGAAACUUGAAUCCUAACGAUCAGCUUUUAAUCGCGAACGCGAACGGUCAGAUGCAGGUGAUCAGUCAGCAAUUCUUUCAACAAUUUUUGGCCGGGCAAUUAAACGCAACGGCGAAUCAGACACAACAAAAUCAAAAUCAGACGCAGAAGAUAGUGAUUGGUGAGCCGGACUCGAACAAUCAGAACUUGCAAGGCGUUCAGAUUAAUACACCGACGAGCCAAAUAAUCGUGAACAGUUCUGGCGGAGCUCCAACAAUUCAAAACAAUAUUCAGAACAUUGUGGUACAAGCCGCGCCGUCUCAGAUGCCGCAACAUAUACAAAUUCAAAAUUCUAGUUUCCCUAGUCAGUUCAUUGACAAUCUGAAUCAACAGCAAAUUAGAAACUUAGGUAAUAAUAAUCAACCAAAGAAAACGAAAGUUGUGAAGAAGACGAAAGUUGUUGUUACUGCUCAGAGCAUCAUCAACUCACAGGCGACAAAAACAGUAACUGUUACUCGACCGACAAUGGUCACGGCAAAUGUGACCAAUAUACAAAAAGUUGACAAUCUUAAUAAAACAAUUACGACGGUGUCUCAGAGUACAAAUCCUUCUAAGAGCGAACCGACUCACAUUAUUGUCAAUGGUCCUUUGGUCACCUCGAGUACCGGCACCCACGUGUCACUACCAUCAAAUGGUCAAAUGGUACAAAGAGUGCCAGUAAAACGUAUAACGCUUCCCGUUCAAAAGCAUCAAAUGAUGACCAACAUUCAGGCACAAAUCGAAGCUAUUAUGUCUCGAAAGUCUACCACGCCAGCUGAUCAGACAGUAUUAACGAAGUUACAGCAAGAACGAGCAAAAAUAAUAGCUGCUGGGAAAGUCAUCGAUUUAAAUUCCAUCAAUAGCGCUACUGAAACAGUGGGUGUAAAUGUGGUUUCGACAGUUACGUCAAAUAUACAAAAUUCAUUCAAGUGUCAGACAUCAGCGGCACAAACCCAAACUCCGACUUCCGUUCCGGUUAUGCCAGCAACAUCUCAAAAUCUAAAUCCAUCUACAUCCAUAGCAAUGCCGAGUAAUUCGAAUAACACUUACAUUACUCACGUAUCGGUGCCACAAAGUGUGCAAGGACAACAGCCAGCUGUAUCGAAUACCGCGACACAGAGUAUACAUCAGGCGCACACCAAGCAGCACAAAUUUUAUCAGAACCACGGGAAUCAGAUGUUGAAUCCGUCCUCCGCAAACAUACAGAUUUUCUCACCACCAAUUUCCUCUACAGCAACUUCGCAAUUGCAAAACAACUCGCAACAAAUUCAAACACAACAAACAAGCAUGCAACAAUCCACGCAAUGCCAAACAGAUCCAUUGGAUAUUAAAUCAAGUAUACAAACACCCAGUCCCACCAAGCAACAAGAAUUAUCGUCUCCUAUCCAAGUUCAAGUUCAAGGAAAUUCUCCCACCGGACAAGUAACGUCACCCAGAAUGAUGGGUAAGGGAACGCAGAGGAUUCAGAGUCCUGUAAAUACUAGCGCGGGUGUAACAAAGCAACUCGUCAGUCCCAAUAGCAGUCCGUUAGUAAGCCCGAGACAGGGCAUGAAGAGACGUGCCACUAGUCCAAUUUGUAGAGUGAAUCGCAACGAAUCCAGUUUUGAACAACAGCUGAAGAUCGAUCAAAAUGGUGCCAUCAAUCCAGAUAUGAACACACCAUUUAUUAGCAAACGUGAUGCCUGCAAACGUUUGUUAAGGUAUCAUUGUCUAAACGAACAAGUACUCAGUCCCAAAGAUUUGGCGAAAGCUGACGAAAUAUUCGAGGAGACGUCCAAACAUCUGUUGAGCAAGUUCAGUGCUAUGAUGAAUAAAUACACGUACCUUCUUCUAAUGGACAGUAUGCGCGAGGUAAGGACUUCAGAAUUGAUGAUGAUAGAUAGAACCUUUGUGGCUGAAGAACAAAGUAUUCUCAACAAGUUACGAGAGCAGGAAGCUAAAGUGAACGAAGAGUUUAACAAGGAGGAGAAGCCUUUGGUGCCAAAAAUUGAACCUGGUCUUAUGGAAGAAGGCAAACCAACUUUGCCAACACCACCACUGGCAAACGUGUCUGUAAAACGCGAAUUAGAAGAUGACUUUCCGAGUGACGAAAUGGAAUGUAAACCAGUGAUGAAAACUACAAGUAGUACCAGUGGCGAUUACGACGAGUGGAUGGAAAUCCAAAAGGAACUAGGUGUAUAUCCAUCUACUACGGACGCUUUAAAAUGUAAAAAUGGCAAUAACGAUAAUAACAGUGGUGGUAAUAGUGCGUGUAGUGUUACGGCUAUCACAAGGCCAUCGAAGAUAGAAAGAACACGAGCGAACGGUGAGUGUCUUCGUACGAAUGUUGCGAGUACAUGCGUAUCCGGUGUCUCGAACGCGAUUAUGAAGGACGAUUGCGAGCAAAACAUAGCUCCGCCUUUUGAUAGGCGAUGGUGUAGCGCCAUCGAUCUCGAACGGGAUCUGUUAGAGGAUACCGAUAGCUUGGACGGCUUGGCCUUGCAUUCGCAGACGCAAUGUCCAAGUAGUAGUGUUCACGUAACGAAUAGCAGCGACAGCGGAACUGCCGGCAACGAGCACGAACAUGAAAUCAAUGCACAAGUGCAGUCCGCCAUUGAUAGCAUUCUGAAUCUUAAAAAUUGUCCUACGAAUACGUUGUCCGGCAGUAGUAACGGCAGUACGUCAUCGCAGUCUGGAAAUUCGAAGGACACUGCAUUGGACCAAGCAGUCCGCAGCAUCUUAGGCUCGUGACCCUCCUUUAGCAAAGUAUGUUAAGAAGUAAAAAUUGAAAAUAGGGUAUAUCAAAGCAAAUUAUGCAUUUUAAGAAAAAUUAGAAAAACUGUGUAAGUCAGUUUUUUGUAAUUUUUGAAAGAUAUGAGUACCCACCAUUAUAUACAAACUUCGUUUUCUUUUGGUAUUGAUACAUCGUAUGUGCGAAAAUUUGUUUUUUGAUACCGCGCAUAACUUGAUACCUAAAUUAUUCGUGUAAAUCUCUUAACAUUUUGUGUUUGUAUAAAUCAUAUAUGUAUACGUGUAUGAUCUUUAUUUAUGAAUUGUUCAUAACGAAGCAAACUCUCGAUUGAUGCAACACACAUAUGGCGCAACACCCACAAAAUUCCGACAUGUCAAAGAUCAUUUUUGUUUUUUUUUUCGCAAUAUGGCAAUAAUUAUUCAUAGUAUAUAUAAAAAAAAAAAAAAAAAAGAAACACCAUGUAUACUUUCCAUUAGUCUAGCUGUAUUAAAGCCACUGCAUAAAAUCUAAUUCUAGCAGCUGUACAUGUGAAUAGGAUAGAUAGAUAACUCGCGCACAGAUUUUACAAUAUGCCGCAACUUUGUAAUGUAAUUUUGUAAAAAGUUAAUUAUUUAAAGCAAACACUUAUUCCACUCUUUAUCUAUAGUACUUGUAGAACGAUCCAUAUUGAUACUUAACAAAAAAAAAAAAAAAAACAACGGGAAGGUAAUUAUUGUAAA